CUAAUUAAUAAGAAAAUGUUUAAAUCUCUUUGUUGCAUUAUCAGAUCUGUGGAUGCUCAUCCUCUCGCCUAUUCUCUCUCUUCAAUCAUAUCCCACUAUUCACACUUUGGACAUUACAUUACUAAACCUUAAAACUUAAAGUUUGUGAAGUGUAGCCAAUUAAUCCAUACACAAUACUCAUGGCUGCUCAAACUUCAACCUCUCUCUUGAGAUUGGAGCACAUACCUAACAAAGGUAGAGGCCUUAUUGCAACACAAGAUCUCAAAGCUGGCCAAAUAAUCCUCACUGAAUCCCCUCUUCUUCUCUAUUCUGCUACACCUCUUUUCUCUCAUACACCCUCCCCUUAUUGUCACAACUGCUUCAGAACCUUACCACCUUCACAAACAUUUCAAUGUCCUUCUUGCUCAAACUACCUUUUCUGCAGCCAAAAAUGCCUCUCCAUUGCCCUCAAUUCCUCUCAUUCAUCUUGGACAUGUCAAACACUCUCUCAUCUUCAAAACCCUACUUCACCAUUAUCAGAAAAACCUUGUGAACUUCAAGUUCAAGCUCGUUUGAUUGUUGCUGCUUACAAUCUUGCUAUUCACACCCCUUCAAAACUUCAAACUUUACUUUCACUUCAUGGUAAUCCUAAUGAUCAAGAUUCCAUAGUUGAUAAUGCUAAGUUUCUUCAUUCUCUUAUCUCACCUUUUUGUUCACCCCACAUGAAUUUUUCAGCUGAACUAGCUGCUAAAAUCAUUGCCAAAGAAAGAUUGAACUCUUUUUGCUUGAUGGAGCCUUAUUCCCAAAAGGGUCCUCAAAGAUCCAUUAAGGCUUAUGGAAUUUACCAAAAAGCUACUUUUUUUAACCAUGGUUGUAUCCCUAAUGCAUGCAGGUUUGAUUAUGUGGAAAGUGGUGAACCUGGUGAUGAACAUAAUACUGAUAUUGUUAUUAGGUUGAUUAAGGAUGUUGGUGUUGGAAGUGAGAUUUGUAUAAGCUAUUUUAGGAUUAAUAAGGAUUAUUCAACAAGGAAAAAGAUUUUAAUGGAGGAUUAUGGUUUUACUUGUGAAUGUGAUAGGUGCAAGAUUGAAGCAAGUUGGAAUGAUGGAGAGAACAAGUACAGUGAUCUGCCACAUGUGAUUUUCUUAUCUAAGUUUGUUUGUGAUAAGGAGAAUUGUGCAGGUACUAUGGCUCCUCUGCCUCCAAAAGAUGGUGAAAAAUCUAACGUUCUUGAGUGUAAUUUUUGUGGUAAUUUGAAAGUUGACCUUGCUACUUAGGUCUUAUUUGGAUUGGUUUAUCUGAGCUACUAUGUACUUGUAUAAGCAUUUUGUGAGACUGUUUAUGGAAACAAUAUUGCAAUUAUGCUAUAAGUGAUUGAUUUUAUUGUUUAUCCAAACAUGGUCUAGUCUUUUCAAUGGAACUUUUCAGCUUUUAUCUUCUUUUCUA